CCCUCUGCGGCCCCACAGGGUGACGGAGGCCUCGUCCCUUAUCUCGCAUUCCUACGGACAGGGUGCCUAAUUAUGGGCAUCUGGCGGUGGUGGCUGGCGGGCGGCUGGACCCUCCCCACGGCAGGGCCUUGGGGGGCGCGGGCAGAAGGCGCCAUGGCAUCGCUCAGCUCAGCCUCCACGUACCGCACCGAGCUGCUCAGUGCCUACGGGCAGGGGCACAGCGACCCCCGCUUCGAGGGCGACCGCCGGCAUGGACCCUUUGGGGCUCGGGGACAGGAGGCGUUUGGGUACCCAGAGUCCCCAGGCACCAUGUACCCCUGCAGCCUGGGCACCUGGGUGCGUGCUCAGGGUGACACCUAUCAAGUGGUGGCCGACGUCAGCCAGUUCGAGCCCCCUGACAUCGUGGUGACCACCUCCAACUGCCAUGUCGCCAUCCAGGCAGAAAAGGUGGCUGAGGAUGGCACUGUCUGUGACACCUUCACCCACAAGUGCCAGCUGCCCGAAGACACGGACCCGCUGUCAGUGACCUGCACUCUCACCGAGAGCGGCACGCUGGUCAUUACUGUCCGGCGCCGCACCAGUGUCGGCCCUGGGCAGCCCCCGCAGCUGCUGUACCGCAGCGAGGCCAUGCUGUGAGUGGCUCUGGGGGACAAAACGCUCCUUGUCCAGAGUGAUGCCGACUCCAACAUUGUGGUGAAG